CUGUAAUAGAAUGAGAUUUUAAACACAUUGAAAUAAAAGUUUUUACUGUUAUACCUAUAGUUAGGUUAUAAAAUAACAUUGUACAUUGUAAAAAAUAUCUUAUAAUUUUUUUUUACUCUAAGUAAUACACAGAAUUUAUUUUAAAAUGAAAUUUUCCGUGAUUAUACUGCUACUGUUAAUAUUUAAUUACGCUAAAUGUGAAUCAGAUAAAUGCUUUUACUAUGAUGAUCACCCUUUUCCAUUCUUUGCUUCAAAAACUGCAUAUAAUUAUGUGUCAGCCAAACAAAACUACACUCAACCAAAUUGUAAGACAUUGCAAUUGUGGAUGUUGUCAAGACACGGAACGCGACAUCCCGGAAGAGAUACUAUUCAUAAAAUAUCAAAUUUAAACGAGUACAAAAAUAACUUAACCAAUAAUUCUAGUUUAUGCAAAGAAGACUUCGAGGCGAUUAAAACAUGGGUUUUUAAUUUGACAGAAAAAGACGAAUACAAACUCAAUAGUCAAGGUAUAAACGAUUUGUCAUCUCUGGGAUUAAGACUUCAAAGUUUAUACGAAGAUAUAUUCAACCAACCUUAUAAUCCCAUGACAUAUAGUGUGUUAUCAUCGAAUAAAGAAAGAUCAAGGGAUAGUGCAUUUUAUUUUUUAAAAUCUGCUUUUAAUGUGAAUGUUACUGAUAUACCAUUAAUAAAUAGUGAUGAUAAAAAAUUAAACAUAUCCAAAUUUGAAAAUAAACACGAUAAUGAAGAAUUAAAGAAAUUUCGUUGUAGUAUUCACGUGCAAGAGGUAGUUGUCAGCGUAUCGAAGAUUUUGGGACUGGAUCGUAAUCUAACAUUUAAUAUUAUAAAAGCUAUGUAUGACUCAUGUCGAUUCGAAAGAUCAAUCAACUUAAAUUCUCAUCCAGCUUGGUGUGCUGUAUUUUCUCAAAAAGAUUUAGAAGUUCUUGAGUACGAUGAAGAUUUAAAGUAUUACUACUUAAACGGAUAUGGUAACUCUUACAACGAAAGACUUGGCUGUCCGAUUGUGAAAGAUCUCAUGAAUAACUUCAAAAAUAAAUCUCAAACACAACUCGGGCCAAAAGGAGUAUUUUAUUUUGGUCAUUCGUCAAACGUGUUUAGUGCAAUUGUUAGAUUAGGAUUUGCUAGAGACACUAUACCUCUACUAAGCUCAAACUUCAAUAAUAUGCGCGAUAGAAAAUGGAAAUCGUCGUAUUUGAGUCCUUUUGCAUCAAAUUUAAUGGCCGUACUUUACGAAUGCCAUGGUGUGAAAAAAGUAACUUUUUUUGUUAACGAAGUCCCAAUGACCGUGGAGAAGUAUGGAUGUACAUUAUGUCCAUGGGAGUUGAUCGAAAAUAUGUUUGACCCCAUUAUUUCUAAUCCAUCCUGUACAUUUGAUGAAAAUUCGUCUGCUUUCAAAAUAUCUAGAACAAUGAAUUUACUUUUUCUCACUUAUAUAUUAAACAUUUUUUAUUAUUUUUAUUAUUCCUAGAGUUUUUACAUAAAAAUAAUUACAGCUCAAAUAUUUACAUAAGACAUCUUAUAAAAUUAUUUAUUUACACUUUAUUGAAGUAAAUCAAUUUGUCACAUACGAAUUAAUUUUUUUAUACAAUUAGGAAAUUAUAUUUUUGAACGUUUUUGCGAAUGUUCUAAAAUGACUAAAAUAUACCAUUAAUUAAAAUAAUAUGGAAACUUCAUAAAAUAAUUGAUUACAAUUUAAUACUUUAUAAUAACUAUAUAAAAAUAUUUUACCCACAUGCAUUAAUGCUUCGCCAAUAACGUUAAAAUUGUUGUAUUAAUAGUUGUAUUAGUAAUAAUAAUGACAAUAAUGUAUAAGUCUUUUACCUCUACUAAGUACUACAUAAUAGUUCUUUAUUUUACAUUUAUAGUUAUACACCGAAAUACUUAGGUUGAUAAUGAUUAAUUUUUAUUAUUUAUUUGUAUUAAGUAUUUAUUACGUUUUAAUGGUAUUAGUGUAUCAUCACUAUAAUAUUGGCUUUUAUUUAUUGAAAUUCUACUUCAACUUAUCAAUACUUUGAGUAAGUACUUGAGGUUGAGGAUUGUUCAUAUGAUAUUUUUAUCAUAUUUCUUCACCUAUUCAAAAUAUGCGACAAGUAAAAGCUGUAUUCAUCUAAAUUAAUAAAGUAACCUGUAGAUUAAAGUAUUAAACUAUAUGAAUGUUUUAUAUUAGUUGUCAAGUAUUAUUAAUAUGAAUAAUAACAUAAACGUG